AUGAAGGAAUUGGUGGAAAAUCCUCAGCACCGUCUGCUAAUGCAGACGGGCGCUACUGUCGUUCUGGCUUUGAUAUUCAUUUCUCUGCUUUUGAAAGCUCGCCAGAAGAAAUUACCCCUACUCAACGGCAGAAGACACAAUGAGUUCACUUUGUCCAACGCAAAAUCGAGGUUUCUUUUUAACGCAGAAGAAUUGAUAAGAUCGGGAUUGACCAAAACACGGAAAGCUUUCAGGAUAUGCACAGAUGUUGGGACCCACAUUAUGGUUUCGCCAGAGUAUGCCAAUGAGAUAAGAAACCACGAGCACCUGGUUGUUGAUAACAUCAUUGCCGAUCUGUUUCAUUCGGAUAUACCUGGAUUCGAAGCCUUCAGGGCUGAUUUCUUGAACCGGAAGUUAUUGACCAAGACUCUGUCAAAAUGCUUGAACCCAUCCCUCGAGUGGAAAGAAGUCAUUCUCAAGCCAACUGUUCUCCGAUUAGUCUCACGCCUUUCAUGCAGAGUGUUCUGCGGAGAAGAAUUGUGUGACAAUGACAAUUGGCUUCGAAUCACUGAAGAUUACACAGUCACAGCAGAUACGACUGCCAAGAAGCUAUGGCUUUGGCCCUGGCCGAUGCGAUAUGUUGUGCACUGGUUUAUGCCCUCAUGUGGGAUACUACGUUCUUAUCUCACUGAGGCUCGCCAGAUCCUCAAUCCAAUCAUCGAGAAGAGAAAGACCGAACGGUUGGAGCGAGAAAAGGUCACAAAAACCGAGAAAGGCGAUAUGAUUGACUGGUUAGAGGAUACCGCCGAUGGUGGUUUCUAUGAACCGAUAGCUGCGCAAUUAGUGUUGUCUGUGGCUGCCAUCCAUACCACAUCAGAUAUGUUGACGCAGGUGGUCUACGAUGUGUUUCAACGACCGGAGCUUGUCAAUGAUCUUCGUCAAGAAUUGAUCUCCGUUGUGAGAGAGCAAGGAAGCUUCAACGGUGCUUGUUUAUCGCAGUUGAAAUUGAUGGACAGCGUACUGAAGGAAAGUCAGCGCCUGAAGCCAUUUUCAUUGACCAGCAUGCAUCGGAGAGCUACUGAAAAUGUGACUUUAUCGGACGGACUGGAGAUUGCAAAGGGUUGGGAAAUUGAGAUGCCUUGUCUUCAUAUGUGGGAUGACACUGUCUAUCCCGCGGGCCAAAAGUUUGUCCCAGACCGUUUCUUGAAGAUGCGACAGAUCCCAGGCCAAGAAAAUAAGCACCAGCUUGUCUCCACGAGUAGCAAUCAUCUAGGGUUUGGAUAUGGCAAGUAUGCUUGCCCAGGUCGAUUCUUCGCAGCUGUUGAGGUCAAGAUUGCCCUGUCCCACAUCUUGAUGAGCUACGAUGUGAAGCUUGUGGAUGAUGCCCCCGCACCCCACAGGAUCGGGGUUGUCAUGGCAGCAAAUGUACUUGGAAGAGUCGCUGUUCGCGGACGACAGCCAGAAGUUUCGUUAUAG